AUGGAUAAAAACAUUAAAAAAGAAAAAGAAAUAGUUCGACAUCCAAAAGAAAAUGGGUUAAGCGAAUUUUAUUUGGCAUGUAGAAAUGGUGAUUUAGAUAUGGUUAAACAAAUGUUACCAAACAUAGCGUAUUCCGAAUUAAAUCGAUUAGAAUCAAAUGAUUCAACGUCAUUACAUGAAGCAACAUUGUCUGGGCAUAAAGAAAUUGUAUGGCUUCUACUACAUGAACGUGGUUGUCAACGUCAUCAACGUAAUAAUCAUGGUCUAACUGCUUAUGAAGUAGCAAAAACAGAUGAAAUGCGACAAUUAUUUCAUCGACCAUCAAACAUAAAUCGAUUUUGUGAUAAUUUAGAUCAAGAUAUGCAACUAACAUUUGAAAUUAUUUCUUUAACAACAAAUGAUAAAGCAUCACAAUCACACGACGCUAAGGAUGACGCAGACGAAAAUGAUGAAAUAAUGCCUGGAGGAUUCGUUCAAGGUUUACAAACAAAAGAAGAAAUACAAAGAGCAUUGGCUUUUGCAGCCCAUUGUAGGGCGUGUUUACAAUCAAAAGGAAUGAUAUAUAUUUCUUGUUUUAUCGGUAAAUAUAUCUAUAAUAACCAUCAUGAUCAUAAUAAACAUGUUAAACAGAAAGAAUUUUAUAAUUCUUUUAUUGACAAAACAUUUAGAAUAACAGAACUACAGAAUAUUAUUGAUACAGAAGUACUAUUUACUCAUCCAGAAUAUGAGAAAUGUAAUGAACUUUUGUCAAUAUAUUCUAACAGUGGAAAAUGUGAAUCUUUAUUACAAUUAUAUACAUUGGAAACACCGUUUUAUAAAAAAUUACGAGAAAAACAAGUUUUACCACUAUUUUCAUGUAUAGCUCUAAAUCUACCAUAUUUAAAACGACGAUAUUUUCGAGGUGAAUCCUAUCGAGGUGUAACAAUGACCAACGAUGAUUUACGUUCAUAUCGUUGGGCACUAAAGAAUAAUGAUAGACUUAUACAAAUAAAAACAUUUGCAUCAACAUCGACUGAUCGAGAAAUAGCUGAAAGUUUUGCUCAAUCAUUAGAAACAUCGUCGAUAGAGAAUAAAAUAAGUGUUUUAAUGACAUUUCGUUUUCCACAAGUGUGUGACACAGCAAUCAAUUUAGGUAAAAUACCGAAAUAUGAUCUUCCAUGUUUAUCUGAGUAUGAAGAUGAAUCCGAAAUCUUAAUAUUACCAUUAACAUUUUUCCGAGUUAAAAAUAUUGAAAUAAAUAAUUUAUCAAAUGGAAGACAAUUGCUGUACAUAAUUCGUUUGGAAAAUGUAUUAUUUGAAAAAGCCUCAGUACUUCAUACAUUACCUGCAUAUAUGAAAUUAUGUAUAAAACAUGAAUAUAAAAAACAGAAAGAAAAACAUCAUAUUUAA